AGAAAGAAAGAAAGAAAGACAUUUUGGUUCAGAAGAGGAGGACAAAAAAAAUGGUGUUCGUGUGUGUGUAGCCAUUUUAUGUAAAGCUGUGCGUCUUAUUUUCUGUUACAUGCGGAAAUGAUCGGAAGAGGUACCGACGUCAGCCCACACUCAAUUUGACUGAAGUGCAAUACUGUCUAGACCACGUGAUUGCAAAAUACCAGUUUACAGUAUAGUUUACAGUAAGAGAUGUCACUUUUUAGGUGGCCGAUUAGACAAAUUCUAAAUCUAAAAUAUUGACAGAGGGAUUUUACCUGUCAGUAUUCUGCAUCGUAUUUAUUCUUUAUAACUUGCACAAAGGUCGGUCUGUCUGCGUGGUAACUUUUCCUUAUUGCUGACAAAAUGUUUUGGUUCUUGGAGGGAACAUGCUUUUUACCAACUUUUUUGGUCAUCUGGUCAUCAAGCACGUUUAUUGUUUCCUACCUAAUUGCAUUGUUCGAGCAUGAUGUGGAUGUUAUCUUCCCCUAUAUAAGUGACACUGGGGCUGAACCCCCAGAGAGCUGUGUCUUUGGCUUGAUGACGGUCAUCACUGCAUUUGCAGGUAUGGCCACCAUGUAUGCCAGGUACAAGUUUGUGGAGAAGCUCAAUGAGACAGCAGGUGCUGUGCCCCCAAUACUGAACCAGGCUGCUUUCUGGAUUGGAAUGCUUUCUUGUUUGGGGAUGUGUUUUGUCGCUACUUUCCAGGAGACAACGAUUACGGCAGUUCAUGAUGCAGGUGCAAUACUCUUCUUCGUUUCUGGUGUUCUGUACACCAUCCUCCAGUCCAUCAUAUCCUAUAAGGCCUUCCCCUAUGGGUGUUCCUUGGCCUUGUGUCGUGUGCGCACAGGAAUUGCAACCAUCGCCUUCCUGGCAGUUUUCCCCACUGUUGUCUGUGCUGUCUUCGUGACACAAACCACACUGCAUAGAAAAACAAAAGACGAGGACUAUGUGUUCCAUCUGGUGAGUGCUGUGAGUGAGUGGAUCGUGGCCUUCAGCUUCAUCUUCUUCUUCUUCACCUACAUCCACGACUUUAAAAAGUUUACUCUGAAGCUGAGAACACAGUUUGUGGACUAUUCCUGAUGAAGCAUUGAUUUGAACCUUUUAAUCUGAAUAUUUACAAAAUCAAAUGUAUUUUUUCUACUUUUAUAAAGCAAAUGUAUAUGAGAUUAUCUGAAUGGUAUGAUUUAUUUUUUUAUACUGUAUCCAUUGCAACAUAGCCUCAGUCUUAGCGGUUAUCCACAAAACAAACACAUCCUGUGACAUCCUGGGCUAACGAAAGCGUUAACCCAUUGUUCAUCCUCUGGUGGUACAUAGGUCAGUAUUGCGCAAGAAAAUCACAAGAUCAAGUUGAUAUAGAAACUUAAUUUCACCCAUCACCAGUUUAUGGAUAGAGGCUGUAUGUACUCUUACCUACUCCAAUGUUAAUCGUUUGAUACUACUAUGUACAUAUUUUUCUAGUUAGGUAUUUUGCUCAAGAAAUGCCUCAAUACCAUGAGAAAGAGGUUAUCUAUGGUAUACCUUUGUAAUAAAGUAACUCAGAAUACAUACAGGGCUACUGUAUGUCUGACGUAUUUCUAUGUUACAAACACAGUGUUUGAAUAAGGCGGCCACAUAUCUUUAGCCAAAAUGUGUUAUUUAUUUUUCAGGCUAAACUGCAUAAACACUACAGGCCAUACUUGUGAACGUUAGAAAAAGUUUCAGUUCAAGGUUGAGUUUAAGCAUCAGCCAAUGAAUCUCUUUGACAUAGUGGCAAGUGAUCAAAGUCUACAUAUUACCUGUUCCCAUUACAUACAGUAAGUUUGCACAUUUUGCACUAUGCUAACCUCACCAGGUGGCUGUGAUAGUUUCCUGUAGGACAUUCCCUAUCAGCCAAUUCAAAUCGUUGAUGUAGUUGGACGUGUUCCAACACUUGUUCAUGGAAGUGUCCUUAACACAAGUACAACAGCACUUACUGAUAAUCAAAGAAACUACAUCACAAGUGUUUGACUGACUGGUCAAAUUGCUCUCUGUGUAGAUUUGUGGCAAGGGCAAAAAAUCUCACUCAAGUUCUUGUCCGCCUUUGAAAUGUAGCAUUACAUUUAUUGGGUUAGCGUGUUGAGAAUGGACAUAGCCUACAGCCAACAGCUUGAAAAGGAAGAUUAAUAAUAAUAAUUAAUAAUUCAUGAUUGCACUCUCCUUAUCAUCCUACAGAUGGCUCUAUGGCAGUUAUUUAAAAGAAGUUUGUCAUGAUUCCAGACUCGAGCCCACGCUACAGUCUUUAAUUAACGGAGGAAGACACUUGACUGUAUCCGUAUCAGAUUGGGAAUUAUUUAUAUUUGAAAAGGUCAUCGAACUCUCUGGUUAGCAUUUUAUGUACUAUAGGAACUCAAUAAUAUAGCUAUAGCCUACAUUCAUUCACAUCAGUUAGUAUCCGCCUUUUGCUAUAUAACCUAUUAAUGCACAUGUAACUUUGUAUGGUAUACUUCAAUUAGACAAUGUUUGCGGUAGGCUAUUUGUGAAAUCGAUGAAUUUAAUGUAAAAAUGCAGACCGGCACAUAGGCUACUGGCACUGCUACAUACAUAAUCAUCACGACUAUAGUGUAGGCCAGUGGUGCAACCUUCACUGUAUCACAUGUAUCCCCCCACAUUCUGAAAUGUCCUUUUUGCCCCACCGUCUGUCACAUGAGUAUCCCCCUGGUGGCUGACCUGCUGUACACCACAAUAUAUAUUAUGUCCCCCUCCACUUCGAAAAGCAAUGUUGCGUCCCUGGUAUAGGCUAGAUUACAUACAUGUGUAGCAGUGGAGCCUCCUCCUCGGAGGAAGGGGAGGACCAUUUAAAAAAGUUAGAAUUUUGAGUGAAAACUACUCAAUAUAAUCACGUCACCACAUAAUUGAGACUAUUUUGCAAACGUCUACAGUAGCCUCAACAGCAAAACCUAGGAGGUUCACGGUUCUCACCCCCUUCCAUAGACCUACACAGUAAUGACAACUUCCGGAGGAUGUCAUUGCAACAUAACCUCAGUCUUAACAGUUAACCACAAAACAAAACAUAUCCUGUGACCAGCAAUUCGAGAAUUUAUUGGGUUAAGGAAAUAUGUAACCCAUUGUUCAUCAGCCAGGUGGUACAAAGGUCAGUAUUGCGCAAGAAAAUCACAAGAUAUAGAAACUUAAUUUCACCCAUCACAAGUUUAUGGAAAGAGGCUGUAUGUACACUUACCGACUCCAAUGUUUUAUAUUAGAAUGGGUAUUUUGCUCAAGAAAAAUUAACGGUAUUGAGGCA